UGUCUGGUUAUAGCACAGCGCUGUACCUUGAAUGUUGUUCCUGUCCUGAGUUGGGAAACCCACGCCAGGCUCAGCCAUGGAUCUCGUGUUAAACGUGGCCGACCACUACUUCUUCACGCCGUACGUGUACCCGGCUUCGUGGGCAGAGGAUGGCGCCCUGCGGCAGAUCCUGAGCCUGCUGGUGGUGACCAACCUCGGGGCGGUGGUCCUCUAUUUGGGCCUGGGGGCCCUCAGCUACUACUUCAUCUUUGACCAUAACCUCAUGAAACAUCCCCACUUCUUGGAGAAUCAGGUUCGCAGGGAGAUCAAAUACGCACUGACCUCUCUGCCAUGGAUCAGCAUCCCCACCGUCGCCUUGUUCUUCGCCGAAGUUCGAGGAUACAGCAAAGUGUACGACAAUGUCCACGACUCUCCGUUGGGUUGGACUGGGCUCUUCCUGAGUAUGAUCUCUUUCCUGCUUUUCACUGACAUGUGCAUUUACUGGAUUCAUCGCUUCUUACAUCAUAAGCUGAUUUAUAAGCUCUUUCACAAGCCACAUCAUGUGUGGAAGAUCCCCACGCCAUUCGCCAGCCACGCCUUCCACCCGGUUGACGGCUUCAUGCAGGGGCUCCCCUACCACAUCUACCCGUUCCUCUUCCCGCUCCACAAGGUGCUCUACUUGGUCCUCUACGUCUUUGUCAACAUCUGGACCAUCUCCAUCCACGACGGCGACUACCGCGUCCCCAGUGCCAUGACGGGUCUCAUCAAUGGCUCGGCGCAUCACACCGACCACCACCUUUUCUUCGACUACAACUACGGCCAGUACUUCACGCUGUGGGACCGCCUGGGGGGCUCCUACCGACACCCUUCAGCCCUCAUGGGAAAGGGUCCCCACGACCUGAUCCGCAGGCUUCGAGCAGAGGGAAAGUUAGACAGCGGCAAAGUAAAUGGACAGAGUGGCAUCUCGCGCAAAGAGGAGUAGCAAUUGCUUUUUCUGAAGACAAUCACAAGAGACAAUCAGUAAUCCUCUGGAAACCAUACAAUCAUUAAGUUUGCACUUGCUAAAUAGGGAGUUGCUGAGCGCGAUGUGACCAGUUGUGACUUGGGCUGUUCAGUACCACAGCUUUUUUUCAGGCCGAUACAAGUAUUCACUCAAUGAUACCGAGUUCUGAUACUUUUAGUUCUUUUGAUAUAUAAAAUUUCAUUUAGCACAAUGACAAAAAAAAUUAUGAACAAAGACCUUUCUGACACGUGAUGAUUCACCAAUGUAGCAAAUUACCGCACCGACUACUACCAAGGAAGACUUUUUCAAUGUCAGAUUGGGUUUUUUUUAAUGCCUGAAGUGUCAGUGGCUAGUAUCGACAGCCUCCAGCAGUACCUUAUGUCUUGAAAUCAGGUCGGCAACGGGCCAAAACUGAUACCUAGUGUCCUCUCCCAUUCUUAUUGUUACCGUUUUGAAGUGGAUUUUGGCAUAGGAAACAGAACCGAGCAGACGGCAAUUUUAAUCCUUAUGUUAUGAAGAUGUACUGUGCAAAAGUUUUAGCCCACCACGAGCUGUUCACAUGACAUCACUGUACAAAGGCUUCAGUUAUGCCAGGAUGACGCCAAAAACACAUUUUAAAACACUGCAUUUAGCCUCGUAUGACAGACAUGUCCACCCGAUGUUAUGUCAUUCGAUGAAACUAUUAUCAGCAGAAUGAGUUAAAAAGACUGCAUUUUCUUUUCAUAAGGUUAUUCUUGGCGGAGGUCACUGCUCUUUGUGGUCCUUAUAACAUUGCAAAAACAACUCUGAUGGUGGGCUGAGACGUUUGAACAUAAUUAAUAAUAAAAACAAAACAGGCACUUUA